UUUUUAAUAUAAUUUUGUAGAACACAGGAAAACACUUAGUUGUGAAAAAAAAAAACUGAUCAAGUCGAUUAGGUAUUUUGUUCACACAUUUCUCCACAAAGGCAAAUAACUUGUAAAAAUUACAGUUCGAACAUCUUUUUUUAAAUAAUUCCAAUUCUUCAUGACUUUAAGAUAAUCUCUUGCAUUUUUGAGUAAAGCAGAUGUUCCCGAUUAUUCCCGGCUAGUCAAGCUAAGCUAUUGCAAAUAAGAUGGCAAGUUCUUACGAGCAGGUGAACGAUGUGAGCAUCUGGUGGUUCCCACCGGAUUUUAGCCAAUCACGCUUUGGGGACUACCAGGAGAGUGGUAGCAAUUCCUGUACUUUAAUCUCUUUACUCAUUGCGGACAAGAUAAAUAAGACACUGAGCUUUAGUCAGGAAGCGACAACUCUACCGUCACUUGCCUGGGACAUCAUUGGCAAAGCAAUUAAUGAUGGCAACAAAGUUUAUCACGAUCUGAUCUCGGGAACUCUGAAUCUGAAUAUUCCGGAUGCGAUUUCGGCCAUAAUUUCACAUGAACAUAUUGAUUUUCAACUGGAAGAAUGGUUCUACACACAAGUUUUCAUAAAUAAUAGAGGUUUUGAUAGCAUCAGCAUGCAGCUUUCUCAUAUAUUACAAACAUCUUUGAAGAUCUAUCAGCAGCCCUAUGACUGGGAAAUUCCAUCCCAUCUAUUUGCAGCCCUCAUCGCCGACUGUCGCACAGUGAUCAUCUGCCUUGACCUGCGCACCUCGAUCGCCGCCUUCGUUGAUCCCCAUCAGCAUGGUGAACAGGCAGGUCUCGUUUUUGCCCAUGUCAAACUAAAGCACUUGGAUGAUUUGAUGUACUGGUACAUCACUAUGCUAGACGACAUCUACGCAAGUCACCCAGAUAUGAUCGAAAUCGCAUUCCUUAGCUCCCUGAAUGACGUGGCCGUCCGCAUUCCACCAGCCUUCGAUACGUGCGUCUACGAAUUCGACCACUCACUAAUUAAAGGUUCGGAGAAACUCGAUUGUCUAACCGAUUCCGAAGAACAUGCACUGCCCGAGAAACACGCUACCCCAGUUUUAUCUCAAUAUUAUUUGACAUGUUGAUGUUUCGUUUAAAUUACAUUUCUCGUUUUCCCAAUUGUUUUGUUAAAUCACACAAAUCUAUAUCGGCUUAAGCCCUUAAUGUGUUCAAAAGUACCAAGCUUUUAAAUUUGUUACCCAGUUGUUAUAAAUAUUUCGCUUUUCAAAUAAAUAAUAAUUA